AUGGCGCGCGCGCGAUCGAGCGCUCUUCGCCGCGUCCGUUCGCGCGUCGAGCGACGCUCGCGCGCUCGCGCGCGGCGCGGAGUGCGGCGACGCGCGCGCGCGGGACGCGCCGCACUGUCGGCGGCGCGACGAUUCAUCGGCGCCGCGCGCGCCGCGCGGCGUCGCAUGGCGCUUCGACGCGCCUCGAAGGUCGCGACGGCGGUCUCGCGCGCGCGCGCCGCGUCGGCGGCGCACCGCGGCGCGCGCGCGACGCGCGAGGGGACGUCGCGCGCGUCGAGGGCGGGCGGCGUCGACGCGGCGUCGUCGUCGACGCGUCGCGCGGGCGCGCCGACGCGCGCGCUCGCGAGCGCGAGCGCGCCGUGGUACGCGGCGUCGCCGAGCGGGCGCGCGGUGACGCUGCUGUGCGCGUUCGCGUCGGCGACGGACCGAGGGCGAUGGGACGUCUUCGGCGAUUUCGAGCACGGCGGCGCGAGCGCGUGCGAGCUCGUCGCGGGACGCGACGACGAUGAGGAUUCAGACGACGCGGGCGAAGAUAACGGCGGUGCGACGAUGGAAAGAAUGGACGACGCGCGACGCGAGGCGCUGCGAAGGCGAUACAGCACGCUGCGAGGGCGCGUCGACUGCGCGCCGCCGCCGAGCGGGACGAAGUCGCGGUUGAAGCGAAGCGGCUUCGCGGGCGCGCGCACGAAACCGCUGACGCGAACGCUCGUGAAUCCAGAUCCCACGCUCGAUUUCGACGCGUACGACGCGCUGAGUUAUCGCGUGCGCGGCGACGGUCGGAUGUACGUGGCGAGCGUGCGAACGGAGAACUGGAUGACGGGCGACUCCGCGGAGGACGUGUGGCAGGCGGCGUUUCGACCGCCGAAGGACGAGUGGGUGGACGUCGUCGUCCCCAUCGAAGCGUUCGUGCAGACGCAUCGCGGACGCGCCGUGCGCGAUCACUCGCGCAUGAGCGCCAAUCGCGUGGUGUUUCUCGGCUUGGCCGUCGCCGGGAGCGCCGAGAAGAGCCUCGAGGCGCGUCGCGCCGAAGCCGACGGCCCGUUCCGUCUCGACGUGCACUCCAUCUCGGGCCUGCGCAUGACGGAAGAAGAGCUCGAAGCGCACGCCGCGGCUCGCGAGGGCACGCGCGAAAACUACCCGUGCGGCGGUUUCGCCGCGCGCGCCGUCGAAGCCCUCGACGCGCGCGACGAUUUCGUCAAUCCCUUCUAG